AUGGCUUUGACCUGCAUCGUUGCUGCUGUGCUGAUGUGCCGGGUGUUGGCAGAGCCCAGCCAGCGAGGAAGUAAAGGAAACAUCACUGGAGUGAACAUUGGCAACAGUUCCAUAGAUCGCUCCCUUCGAGUCUUACACGGCUGGCCGCAUCCUGGGUGUUGCACUGGCUGCAAUCAUUUUUGCUUUCCCAACAGCGGAAGGUGCUAUGACAAGAAGGGCAAGUACUACUACCUCGAGCGCAGCCCAAGCACUGGUGGAGAGCACCAGGACUGCUGCAGCAAGUGUGGUGCAUUUUGCUCUCCCAAUAGUGGCAGCUGUUACGCUGGGAAAAGCCAGAGUUACUAUUUGGAUUGUCGGUCGUACUACUUUGUCGGGAACAAAAGGUGCAAUCUUUUCCGUGGCAAUGGCAUGAUCGACUACACCCCCAAGGUGACUUCAGCGACAGAUUGCCGUGUUGCUUGA